ACACACACACACACACACACACACAAAUGGACAAAUGUCAAGCCCUCCACGUCAUUCGUGAAUGACGUCAACCUUAAGGUUAGUUGUGGAGAUAGCUCCUCCUGCCUCUAGAGACAGGCCGUCCAUGCGCUACAUGGAGGCUUAGGGCCAGUGCUACAAUCCACCUGGAGCUUGGCCAGAGUCACCCAGGGGCACUGACUAUGGCAAAGUUGGGACUGGACACCAAGGCCCUCACGUGCCCGUCUGCUGCAUGAUGUCAGAGCCAAGCCAGCGGUCAUGUCCACCCCAGUCAAUGACCAGGAAAUUAUGCCAUAGCUCGCCAUCACUGUGACUUGAACCUGCAACCCUGCAAGGUCUGGUAGGAGAGAUGCAGGUUUAGUAGAUACACUCCAUGUUACACCAGACGAUGGAAGGAAAGAAAAAGCGGCUGUGGAUGCUGUUUUCAUUAGGCGGCUUGUGUCCCUAUUCAAGAUUUGUGCUCCUGGAAUCUUUUCGAAAGAGAGUGGCUACUUGUUGAUGGUUGCUCUGUCACUCGUUGCUCGUACCGUGUGUGAUCUCUGGAUGAUUCAAAACGGAACCGCCGUUGAAAGCUCCAUCAUCAGGAGAAACUUCAAUGCAUUCGUCCAAAACUUGAUGAAAUUUAUGUACGCUAUGCCUCUGAUUGCUGUUUGUAACAAUCUGCUGAAGUUUGGAUUGGACAAGCUGAAGCUCUCGUUUAGAAGCAGACUGUCAACGUAUCUCUUCAAAAUGUACCUCAGUGGCUUUACGUACUACAAGAUGGUUAAUCUUGACAACCGGAUAGCCAAUGCAGACCAGUUGUUGACACAGGAUGUUGAGAAGUUCUGCAACAGUUUGGCUGACUUGUACUCUAAUAUCAGCAAGCCGUUGUUGGACAUUUGUAUCUACGUGAAGGAGUUGACAGGAGCUAUAGGAGCACAAGGGCCUGCAUUUAUGCUUGCUUACCUGGCUGUCUCGGGUUUGGUGCUCACUCGACUGCGAGGGCCAGUCGGAGGUCUAACCGUUACCGAACAGAGAUUGGAAGGAGAGCUUCGCUUCGUAAAUUCACGUCUUAUAACAAAUUGUGAGGAGAUAGCAUUUUAUCAAGGAAAUGAGAGAGAAAAGACGACAGUUAUGUCUGCACUUCAGCGUUUGGUAAAGCAUCUAAAUAAAUUCAUCUGGUUCCGGUUCUUGAUUGGAAUCGUUGACACGGUUACAGCUAAGUAUCUUGCAACGUGUGUCGGGUAUUGCGUUGUUAGUCGGCCGUUUCUUGAUCUUUCCCAUCCACGUCAUCUUCAUAGCACUCACACUCAACUGAUGGAGGAUUACUAUCGUAGUGGCCGGAUGCUGGUUAGGUUGGCACAAGCCAUUGGUCGUUUGGUGCUAGCAGGGAGGGAAAUGACGAGACUGGCUGGUUACACUGCACGCGUGACCGAGCUGAUAACCGUACUGAAGGAUUUGAAUCAGGGCACAUACAAACGUACGAUGGUCACGAAUUCUCAGUCACAGCAGAAGUCAGCGUCUCGAGAGCCAUCACAACCAUUUGUUCCUGGUACUGGUGAGCUGAUUGAGAUGGACAACAUUAUUAGUUUCGAUCAUGUCCCUCUUGUUACACCCAAUGGAGACAUCCUUAUACCAGACCUAACAUUUGAGGUUCGUUCUGGCAUGAACUGUCUUGUCUGUGGACCAAACGGAUGUGGGAAGAGUUCAUUAUUUCGGGUAUUGGGAGAGUUGUGGCCGUUAUUUGGUGGACGUUUAGUGAAACCUCAUAGAGAAAAACUGUUUUAUAUACCUCAGAGGCCGUAUAUGACUCUUGGUACUCUACGAGAUCAGAUCACGUAUCCAGACACUGUUGAGCAGAUGCAUGCCAAGGGGUUCACCGACGAAGGUCUCGCCGAAUAUAUGAAGCAAGUGCAGUUGAAUUAUAUUCUCGAAAGAGACGAAGGAUGGGACACAGUGCAGGACUGGAUGGAUGUUCUCAGUGGUGGAGAAAAGCAGAGAGUAGCGAUGGCAAGGCUCCUCUACCACAAACCUCAAUUUGCAAUCCUCGAUGAAUGUACCAGUGCUGUUAGUGUCGACGUAGAAGGUAUGAUCUAUCGACGAUGCAGAGAGAUGGACAUUACUCUCUUUACCGUAUCUCAUCGAAAGUCGCUAUGGCAACACCAUGAAUUUGUCCUACAGUUUGAUGGUCACGGAGCAUACGAAUUCAAGAGAAUUGAGCCUGGAAUGGACGAAUUUGGUUCAUAAAUGGAAAGGAGGUAGUUGCUCAUUAGUAUCCGACUUUCCACUGCUACUUGUGUAUAAGCUUACUACGAUGGAUGAGGAUUGCGCCCUUUGUGUAGCUUACAUGUGUCACAUCCAUCAUACUACUGGGCGUUCUAGUCACCAUUGUGUAGAAGACGUAAGGUAGUAGGCAUCAAUGGAGUGACAAUAUAUUGAUCUCUUUAAUAUACGUAUACAGUAUGAACUGUGCAUAAUUUAUCUGCUCAAAAGUUAAAUGAUUCAAAGCUACGGGUGUAAACAAAAAUCAACAGUAUACAGUAAACAUCAACAUCAACUAAUAUGUCACAUGAUUUAUUUACACUAUCUGUUGUUGGUAU